GGCUGAUGUCAGCCCGCAGUGGGGGCAGGACGGGGCCGCGGCGGAGUUUAAUCCGGAGCCGGAGCUGGAGCGGGCCGGGCUGAGAUGCGCCGCUAGCCCCGGAGCGCGGGCCCUUCCCGGCCGGCGGCCUUUCUCUGGAGAGCAGUGACCCCCGCCCCUCGCUCACAGGCUCCCUGUGUGGAUGGCUGCAGGGCCUUGACUCCCGCCCAGCAUGGAGCCUGACCUCCUGCCCCUCGUCCUCACGGCCGAGCCCUGGGGCUUUAACCAGCAGGCCACGGAGCUGGGGCCAGGCACCCCCGGCCUGGACCCCUGCAGCCGGGACCUGGAGCGUCGCUACCAGGCUGUGCCCGCCGCAGUCUGCGCCCUCUGCUGCCUUUUUGGGGUCAUCUACAGCUGCUUCGGUUACCGCUGCUUCAAAGCCAUCAUGUUCCUGUCGGGGCUUCUCUUCGGCUCCCUGGUCAUCUUCCUGCUGUGCUACAAGGAGCGAGUCCUGGAGACGCAGCUGAGCCUGGAAGUGAGCGCGGGCAUCGCACUGGGCAUCGGGGCGCUGUGCGGGCUGGUCACCAUGCUGGUGCACAGCGUGGGACUCUUCAUGACAGGGCUGCUGCUGGGGCUGCUGCUGGCCACGGCCGCCCUGGUGGCCAUGGAGCCGCUCUACCAGCCACAGAGCCUGUGGGUGCCCGUGGGCAGCCUGCUGGGGCUGGCGCUGCUCUGUGCCCUGCUGGCCCUGCGCUGGCAGAAGCCGCUCACCGUGCUCUCCACAGCCGUCUUUGGGGCCGCCGUCAUCGUGGGCUGCGUGGACUAUUUCGUGGAGCUGCUGGCGCUGCUGGGCUACGUGUAUGACCGGCUGCGCUUGGCGCCCUCGCCCCCCCUCUGCUGGCACAGCUGGGCCGUCCUGGCACUCUGGCCGGCCCUCAGCCUCCUGGGCCUCCUGCUGCAGUGGAAACUGACGGCUGAGGGCUACUCGCACACGGACGUGAUCAUCAGCCGGCGGCAGAAGCGGUUGCAGCUGCUGCGGAUCCGGCAGAAGGAGGCCAAGAAACGGCAGAGCCUCCCCCCGCAGGAGGGCAGCUACCGCCGCAAGCCCAACCCCGUCAAGCGCUACGCAGGCGACGUCCUGGCACCAAGCUACAUCCAGAGCCUGCGGGAUCGCCAGCUGGGCACCGGCAGCGCCACCCACACCGUCCUCGACCUGGACUACGACUGCGGCUCCACCGUGCCCCUGACGGCCCCUGCGCCCGGCGGGCGCCUCUGACCAGGGCAGGGGCUUCACUUCAUUCCACUUGUGCCUUAGGCACGGAGGCGGCAGCGAUGGGGGGAGGGUGGGGAGACCGUUUUGCUGGUGACACUUGACU